AUGCUCGCAGGUGCGUUGGUCUCUCCAAAAUAUUUGAUUAUGGCAUCAAGACCUGAUAAUAUUGUACUAUUCACUCAUAUUGCUGUGGAUCGACUGAUGAAAAAAGAGUUCAAUGAAAGAAAUCUGAAUAUUCAAAAAGUUGUAAGAACACUUACUUUAUCGCGAACUGAGAAACAAUCAUCUGCGAAAGCACUGAUAACCGUUGAUAAAUUGAUCAGUUCGAUUGCUGAAAAACCGUUGGUGAACACUGUUGAUGUGACACCUGGUGUUGGCGAUCCAUGCUCAUCGAUGUGGCCGCUUCCACCAAUUCACAGAGUUUGUCUGCAGCGUUGUGCUAUGAGCCAGAAGAAAGUGAAUCUUGUGACAAAUCCGUAUGAGUUCGAGGUGAAUGGUCUUCGAGUGAUGACUAUGUCUGGCGAAAACGUCACGGAGCUUUUGCGUACUUCUCAAAAAUGGACCGGUGCUGAUGUUCUCGCUAACCUUGUCAAAUGGCAACACGUCGCGCCUAAUUGCCCAGAUACUCUAGAUGCGUUUCCUAUGGCUGAAAGAGAUCCACUCGUUAUGGAAACCACCCCACACAUUAUGGUCUGCGGUAAUCAGCCACAAGCCGAGUUCCGACGUGUUCCAAUCGAUGGAUCUGACUCUACGUGUCUUGUUGUUUGCCUGCCGAAAUUCUCAAAAACCCGUGUUGCAUGCUUCUUAAACUUGAAGGAUCUCUCGAUGAAAUGGCAGAACUUUGAUCAUCAAUACUAA